CUAUUCCUGUUAAAGACGCGGGUCGUUGAGGUGGUCCCUGGACGUGUUUCGGAUCUCCGAGUCUCGUGAAAUAAAGAGAAUUUUACACACUUGAGGAUGUGGGUGUGUUUGCUGAUGCUGGGGCUGUUGGCAGGGCUGCCAUAUCCCUGCAGAGCAAUGGAGGCGCUGUCAUCUCAGCUGUGGAUUCUGGAAUUGAAGGAAAGCCACAAUAGAAAUGUCACUUACCGACCGAGCUUAUUAAAUAUGCCAGACCUCCCAAGCUGGCUACACUACUCAUACUCUCCUGCUAAUCGCUCUGGGUUUGUUUACGGAGUGCCACCUGAGGGUUUAUCUGAAUUCCAACUGGAGGUGAUACAAAGAGACAAGAGCACAUAUAACACCUCUCACAGAGUGUACAAUGUAGAUGUCUUGGAACAGCCACGUAAGCCCUAUGAGGUACGAUUCAAAGUCACAAACAGGAAUGUAGAAGAAAUGCUUGUGCACAGAGGUUGGGAGAAAUUGAUGUCAGUGCUGACAGAAGACCUCUGGGAAGAGAGUGCUGCUGACCUAAAUGUAACAUACCUAGCCUCUGCUACCCAAAAGGGUGAUCGCUUGCCUGCCAGACCAGAUGAGCGGGAAGGGGUUUACAUAGGAUACGGCAGCUUGGCAAAGUUUUCAUCUUCUCUGUAUCGUCUAGAACAGGAGGUCAAGCCACUUUGGAGCCACCAUCCUUGCCCACUAUAUUUCAAGAAAACAUCGUAUGAGCGCUUCUUCCGCAACAAGCACUUUGCUGUUGACUGGUGCAGCUUUAAGUUUUAUGACAACAGUGGUGACAUGAUUUAUGGUGGGCAUGACGACUCCCGUGAUCAUGAGGAAGGUCAUAGAUCCCCAGUGAUCUCAGCCCUGGAGAAUGAGGGAAGGGUAUACCUUCGCAGCCGUGAACAGAUCACAAAACGGUCCUACACUCUGGAUGUGGUGCACACCAUCCUGAUCCCCCUGGUUGUGAUGCUGGUGCUCCUGGCUCUGCUUACAUUGGCUAUGUGCUGCCACAGGAAUAACAUGGACCAACAAUCCAGUGACUUUUUCGAUGAACUCUUUGAUGACUUCCCGCGCAUCCCAGCCACGCAAGAUAUCCAGAUGGUCCAGUAUGCAAGCAUUCACAGGGCCACGGAAGCACUCCGAGCUCUGAAGGGGCGAGAGCACUCUCCCCAUCCCUCAACAGCCACAACGACCACACAGGCUGACACGCUUCCCAGGUCUUGCACUGCCAGUCCUUCCUCCACUCUGCCUCGGAAUUCUACUCUUAGUCGCCGUUUUGAGGAUUAUGCCACCCUCACACGGCCUGACCCACCACCAUAUCAGAGGAAUGGAGCAACACCAACACGCUAGAAUUUAUCAUCAUUGAUGAGACAGCUGGACUAAGGAGAGGAUAGCAUAUAGAUUGCAUAAUUAUGAAUGGUGGCAUAGCAGCCUUGGAUAGAAAUUUGUAUAUUGCUGAUUUGAAGUUGUAAGGAGAGCAGUUACAAAUAGAUUUUGAACGGUGAUAGAAAAAAAUGAUAGAAAAUGUGAAAGUUGGUAUUGUUUAAGAAUUGAAAGGCAGUAUCAUUUUGAAGUAUUACUUAUAUCCAUUGAUAUGCUUCAUUUUAGGUGUUUGUUAAUUUAUUUUCCUUGUGAUUUGCCUCUCCAUGAUCAAUGUAAAGUAAACCUUUGACUGAAAAUGUGCCAUGAAUUUGCAUUUAAACUUUAACAAUAGUGCAAUAAGAACUUCCAGUUAAGCUUGUUAUCUCUCUUUUGUAUCUAUACUAAAGUACUUUGACUGUUGCACAAUCUUCAAGAAGGUUUUACUUGCAAUUUACUAAUAAAGGUAUUGUAAGUAGAUAUUCAAAGGGAUUGACAUGUUUAGGCUUUUAAAGUGGUGCAUUGUUAGAUAUUAAUGAGAUAUUUACUCGUACAGGGCAUACUGUACUCUGAUAUAAUGUAAUUUAAAAGAAUUGAUUUUUUUUUUACCAAGAUUAGUGUGAAUAUGUUGUGUUUGUGCUUUUAAAGUGGUCAAAAUAUUUGCUUAUUUGUGUCUUGAAUAUAGGGAAUACUUUACACAGACAUAAUAUCAUUAAUAAGAAAUAAAGUUUCAUAAUAAAUUUUCACGUUAUAAUUGAAGUGAAACUUUCAAAAUAUGACAGAAUGUCAGUUAAAUGAAACCUAUGUAUCUGAAAAUCUUGAGCAUCUCUGAGAGAUCUGUUUGCUAAUAUUAUCCCAGUUAAUGCCAGCCUGAUGAAAUGUCUUAUAAGGCUCCAAUGGUUGUCAGUAGUACAGAAUAAAUUCAGAAGCCUCUGUGUCAGAUCUUUUGAAUUUUUCUGAUCUCUGAGAAGACCAACUGGAAGUAGUUUGAGUCUGGGGAUCUUAGUUGUUGGCCACAACACGUGCAUAGCUUGAGGUGUCUGCCCUGCUCUUAGUGAUGAUGCAUUGACCAUAAUGAUGAAUUUGUCAUUAUUAUUAUAAUAAGAGAACAGAGAUUCCCAGAAAUUAAUGAGCUGUAUGACAAGUUUGUCAAAUAAUUAGAAAACUACAUAAAUUGCCAAGUAAAGUAAUCUCUGGGACCUUUGUCAGCCUCAUCCAAGUCCAUGAACCAAGCCAUUAGCAUGGAUGCACUAGGAAAGUAUAAAGGGUUAAUAUUUCAAUGUAUAUGAAGCUAGUGCAUUUGUAGAAUACUGUAGUUAAGAUAUAUUAGUACAAUGGAGUAUUGUGUUUUAUCUUGUGACAUUUUAAUUUGUGGAAGAAAUUAUCCAUGGGUUUAGUGCAGAGGAAUAGUGGUUAUAAUGUUAACUUCCGUAUAUUUAAAAAACUUAAAUUUGAAGGCAAACUCAACUGAAAGGGAUAUUUAAGAGCACUUUAUAGGAACCUGGCUAGUUACUACAUACAUACUUGAUUUUUUUUUUUUUUUUUUUUUAAGAAUUUUGUAAUUAUAUAAAUAACUGAGGAAACACUGUGGCUAAACUGGUCCUAAAUGGAUUGGUAAAUUAUGAAUCUACUAAUGUUAGUUAGAGUUAGAAAAUAAUUAUACCCCAUGUUCAUAAUGUUCAUAUAUAUAUUUUUUUUUACAAAGAUUACCAUUUGAAUUAGAUUUUUAGAUCCCUCAGUACUUUUGUAAUUUUCUAUAAAGUAUAUCAUAAAGUUAAAUAAUAGAAGGAAAAAUAAACAUACCAGUACUGGAAGUGAAGGCAUAUCAUACAUCUUUGUGCUAAAAGGAGCUUAUAGUGUGAUUUGCGGAGUUAAGUUUUGUAUAAAUUUCCCUUCAACAAAGUGGAUUAUGUCCAUGUAUGCAUACAUGUGUGCAUGCUUAUACAACACAUAUCAGUAUACAUUUUACAUAUACUUACUCAUAACACAUAUCAAUAUACAUUUUACAUAUACUUACUCAUAACACAUAUCAGUAUACAUUUUACAUAUACUUAUAAACAACACAUAUCAGUAUACGUUUUACAUAUACUUAUACAGACACUAGCAGUAGAUUAAGCAUAGUUGUAUACAAUUGCAUUGAUAUAUUAAGGUUUUUAAGAAGAGAAAAAUAGUAUUCUUAUAUCUAAAUUUUUAUUAUUUUGUAGAAAAAGCUAAUAAAGUACAGUAUUAUUUUACAUUACAUUUAGUAACCAAGAUCUCUGUAAUCAUCUAAUUUUAUAAAUUGGAAACCAUUUUUUGAAGUGGAAAGUAUAGCAGAAAUUAAAGUUGAGAUGGAAGAGUACUGAGGAAAGCAUAAUGCAAAAAAAUAUAUAUAAAUGAGUACUUAAGUAAAUACAUGUAGAUGUAUUUUAUGACACUAGUUCUUCAAAGUGUUUUAGUCAGUAUACCACCCUCAAAAGAAUUAUGGUGUUUAUCCUUGUGACAUAUUUCACCACUGGCAUCAGAAACAUGGUUUUACUGUGGUACAACAUUUAUUGGCUUGUAAUAAUGUUAAACUAUGUUCUUAACUUACAGGGUACUGAUAUAUCUAUAAAAGAAUGUUAUCUAGUCAAAAGGCUUUACAGUAUUAUACUAUAAGAUUGUCAUUGUUGUUGUCAAAUGUGAUUUUUAUUGUUUUGCUCUCAAUAAAGAAUGAAAGUAUUA